AUGGCGGAAGGGAGUCUUGAACCACGGGCCAGCACGGUACAUACGCAGUGGUUCUUCAACGAGGUUGGUUGUCAUCGGGAAAUGCCAAAGUCAGAACCGCGGGCGGGCAUCCGCGCAAGCACCCGGCAGACCGACAGUCGCAGUACCGCUUCCGACCCACGAUCUAUCCAAAGACCGGAGCCCGUAAUGCGUUCUUCACAGCAGCCUCUGCAAUCCCAUCGACGCCCAUCCACGGUAAGCCUUCACGUACGGUUACUGGUCCCGGAUCGUUCCGCUGACUCCACGGAACCACCAGCUGCCACAGUAUCUGGUUCUGGUUCUCGAGACCCUCCUUCUGCCCCAUCGCCAGAGAAUCAAGAAGCAUGUUUGGCUACGGUCGAAGCACUGGAGCGGGAGAUUGAAGCGUUGCAGAAAGACAAAGAGACCCUGUCGCAGCGCCUUGGAAGCGUCGAAAGAAAGAACAAGGAAUUGUUGAAGGAACAGCAUCGGUGGAGGCAACAGCUGUCUGAGCGGCGCGCGACUCAACAGCUGAUGCACGAAAUCCAGCAUACCGUUGCAGGUUGGCACCAGCGGCUUUGCAGCCCGGCUGGUUUACCAGAAGAGGAGGAUCCUGCUGCCAUGACGGCUGCUCUGCCGGCAAUGACGACGAUGCCAGAUAUAUGGACAACUCAAGGGGACGGAGGGGGUGUAUUUGACAACAAUCAUGGCAUUGCACCCGGCCCCGGUGACUUUACGCAGCUUCUUCAAUUCUAGUUUCUCUACCGUAGUAAUUGAUAUCCUAUC